AUGAGAGAGCAUCCAGGACUCCUUCUGGUUAGCUUUCCUAACUCCAAUCCGUCAAGAUAAGAAAUAUUCUCUGCAGACGCCUCCCUGAGCUGCAACAUGGUUGUCUAUACAGCUCGUGUGUCUACCGGCACCUGCCUGGGCUCAGAGACUAGGAACCAUAUUUCACUCACCUUGGUGGGCACCAACGGCAACAGCCCUCAAACUUGGCUUAACCACUGGGGACUGAACUUCUACUACGGAGCGGACAGCAAAUACAAAAUUACCUGCCCCCAAGACCUGGGAGAUAUUUUGCUCAUCAAGAUUACCAAAAAAAAAUUGCUCAUCCAAGACAGUUGGUACUGCAACUUUGUCAAGGUGAAAUCCCCACAGGGCAAGACCUACAAUUUCCCAGUCUACCGGUGGAUCGAAAGCUCCAACACCAUAGAAUUCAGAGAGGGGAAAGGGUUAACUGCUCCUGAAGACCCCCUCUCAGAAUACCGGAAGAAAGAACUGGAAGAGAAGCGGGAAUGCUACAAGUGGAAGGAGUACGCCCCCGGAAUGCCUCACUGUCUGGAUGUCGACUCGACUUGUGACCUGGACACCAACUCCAAAUUUGCUUUCACCAAAUGCACUCUUUUUCUCACACGUGCCACAGUAACGGUGGUGGAACAGAGACUGAAAGGAUACUCUACCAGCAAAAAGUCUUGGGGAUCCUUGGAUGACAUCAAGAAGGUCUUCUGUUUCCACAGGAAUGACAUGAUAGAUUAUGUCACAGAACACUGGAAGGAAGACGCCUUCUUUGGCUACCAGUUCCUGAAUGGACUGAAUCCAAACGUCAUCCGGAAAUGCACAGAGAUCCCACCUUAUUUCCCCGUUACUCAAGAGAUGGUGGUCAGGUCCCUGGGCAAGGGCACCACUUUAGCGGAAGAGCUGAAGAAAGGGACCAUCUACAUUGCCGACUACAAAAUUCUGGAUGGGAUCCCGGCUGGCCGGAAUAACAAGCUCCAGCAGUACAUCGCGGCCCCCCUCUGCCUGCUGCACCUCACACCGCAGGAGGAACUCCUUCCUCUGGCCAUCCAGCUCAGCCAGACCCCAGGCCCAGAGACCCCAAUCUUCCUGCCCAGUGACUCUGAAUGGGACUGGAUCCUGGCCAAGACCUGGGUGCGAAACUCCCACUUCCAUGUACACCAGGCUGUGGCCCACCUGCUCCACACACACCUGCUGGCAGAAGUCUUUGCCCUGGCGACCCUCCGCCACUUGCCCGGGUGCCACCCGCUUUACAAGCUCUUAAUUCAUCACAUGCGCUACACCUUUAACAUCAACACUUUGGCCCGGCAACUCCUCAUCAGUAAAGAUGGUGUCUUUGACAAGGCAACUGGUCUUGGGCGAGACGGCUUGGUCCAGCUAUGCCAGAGGGGCCUGGAAGCCUUGACUUACUCCUCCCUCUGUCUCCCGGAAGAUUUAGAGGACCGCGAUGUGUCUUCCUUGCCCAAUUACUACUACAGGGAUGAUGGUUUGGAGAUCUGGGCAGCCAUAGAAAGUUUUGUCUCCAACGUUGUUGACUUCUACUAUUCAAAGGAUGAAUCUGUGCAGGAAGAUUAUGAACUACAGGAAUGGAUAAAAGAGAUCUUUACGGAAGGUUUCCUGAGUCGAAAGUCUUCGGGGAUCCCAUCCUCAUUUGAUACGGUGGCAGAGCUCAAGAAGUUCCUGACAAUGGUGAUAUUUACUGUCUCCGCUCAGCAUGCUGCUGUCAAUAAUGGGCAGUAUGGAAAUGGUGCCUGGAUGCCCAACUUCCCCUCCUCCAUGAGGAAGCCCCCACCUCGAUCCAAAGGCAUGACACACCUAGAAGACUACCUGGAGACUCUGCCCGCCAUCAACACCACCUGCGAUAUCAUUGGCACCCUCUACCUGCUCAGCGCCCCAUCAGGAGACUCGGUCACUCUCGGGAACUACCCCAAUGAGCAGUUCACAGAGAAGGAGACGCAAGAAUUCAUUCAAGACUUCCAGGACCUCUUGAACAAGAUCUCCAAGAAAAUUGAGAAGAGGAACAGCUCUCUUCCCAUUGGCUACCGUUUUCUGAACCCUCCUGAGAUAGAGAACAGUGUUUCCAUCUGAGUAGACACAAUCUGGAUGGUGGCCUUGCAAAGCUAUGA